AUGUCUUUCCACCUCCUGCCGCACCUCCUCGCGGGCCCUAUCGUUGACGAGACCGCGAGCCAUGGCAUCGUUGGCACGGACGCCGCGGCGCUAAAGAUUCGACACGGGCUCAACGACGACCAGGCGGACGCGGUGGCUCGAGCGCUGAUUGCGGUGGACGAGGCGGGGAAGGCGUUUGCGACGCCGUCGCUCACCGUGAGCCCGGUGCGACUGAUCCACGGACCUUUUGGCAGCGGUAAGACCAGCACGCUCGCCGCUUUCAUCGUCUCCGCGGCGGAAAGACUCGGCGAGUCAAAGUCGAACGCGCGGAUUCUGGUUUCCGCGCACACUAACGUCGCCGUGGACCGCGUGCUGAAUGCCCUCAAGCUAAGGGGCUUCACGGAUUUCAUCCGCGUGGGAGCCCUGCGAAGGAUCGACCACUCGAUCCUGCCCCACUCGCUGCACCUGGCGGACAGGAAGCGAUCGGGCGACGCGGAUCUCAUGGAGAUGUUGAAGGAGGCGAAGACUGAGGCGGAACGCCGACUGCUCGCCGCGGAGCUCGCGGCGACAAAGGCGGGUGCCGCGGAUAAACGUGCCAGGGCCCUCUCCAAGGUACGGGUCGUCGGAACCACCACCGCGUCGUGCGGUAACGCCGCGCUGGAGGGUAUGACCUUCGACGUCGUGGUGCUGGACGAGUGCUCGCAGAUGACGGAGCCGUCGAGCAUGCUCGCGAUGUCCCGCUUCGGAUGCCGAGCGCUCGUCGCGGUGGGCGACCCGAAACAGCUCCCCCCCGUGCUCGACUCGAAGGAUUCCGUCGACGACGGCUCGCUCAACCCGCUCGCGAAGGGGAUCUUCGUUCGGCUGCGCGACGCCGGCCACAGCGCCACCCUACUCCGCACGCAGUACCGAUUGCACCCGACGCUGAGUCAGACACCGAACAAUUGCUUCUACGACGGUAAGCUGAUGGACGGGUGCACUCCGGCAGACAGGCGCGCGCUCGUGACUGUGGGAUACGAUGGCCCUCCGCUGUCUCCGUUGGUGUGGAUAGAUUCUGGGUCGAGGGACGUGACGCAAGAGCGUGGAAGCAAGUAUUCUCCGGGAGAGGCGCGCUUCGCCGCUCUGAUCGCCGCGCGGAUUGUCGAGCUCGGCGUGCCCGCCGGCGAGGUUGGUGUGAUCACCCUUUACAAAGCGCAGGAGCGCGCCAUCGUCAACAACCUCGCCGGGAUCAUGUCUCGCGAGGCCGUCAGAGAGGUGAUCGAGGACGACGACCGGGCCGGGGAGGAUGACGGCGUGAUCAAGGUGAGUACCGUGGAUGCGUUUCAGGGGCAGGAGAAGGACGUCGUCGUGCUGUCGCUCUGCGGCGUCAACGGUGGGAGCGUGUUCGUGACGCCGGAACGCGUCAACGUCGCGCUCACCCGCGCGAGGAGGCACCUGAUCGUGCUCGGGGACUCUAAGGCGCCCGGCGUGUCCAAACACCCGGCGUGGGGCUCCUGCCUCAAG